GAUGACGUCAUAUCACCAAAGAGUAAAACGUGGGCAACUAGCUUGCUCACUACGUUACUCGUCUUCGAAUCGCUGAUGGGCAUCGUCUAAAAGAUUAAUAAUUAAUCUGAUUGUAGUGUGGAAGAUAUACCGGCUGCAAUGGCAUCGAUUUCAAGUAUUCCGUGUCCCCAACUUACUGUUCGGGGAACUGAAGGUGUUUACAUGAUCAGUGGACCACCAUCAUUUACUGCUAAUGAAACAUUCGGUCGUGAUGACAAAUGCACAGUGAUGACAUACAGUGCUGAUGGGAGGUUGUUCGCUUACUCCAAUUCUGAUAGUGUAUUUGUAACUCAGCUACCAGAAUGUGAAACCUUACUUCAACUUGAUAAACCCAAAACUCUUGGUCUAGUCAUCUCACCCUCCGGCAAAUACCUCGCUACAUGGGAAGUUUACUUCACUUCACCCACUACGCCGGGCCCUAAUCAUAAUGCUCAUAUAUGGGAGAUACAAUCAGGAAGAUGCGUCAAGUCAUUUAUCAUGAGACAAAAUGAUAUAUGGAAACCACAAUGGACGGAUGAUGAAAGGAUAUGUGCUAUACAAGCAAAUAGUGAAAUACACUUCUUUGAAAAUGGAAACUAUGAAAAUAUUGCAAAUAGACUUCAUCUUCCGAAGGUGAUGUGUCGGAUAUCAGGAGGAGGGUCCCCUGCACACGUAGCAGCUCAUAUACCAGGCAAUAAGGGAGCACCUCACGCUGUUAGGCUUUUCAGGUACCCUAACUUUGAUGGGCCUGGAGCGAUGAUUGCCAAUAAGAGCUUUUACAAGGCAGACAGUGUUGACAUGAUUUGGAACAAGAAAGGGUCCGCUGUUUUAGUGAUAGCCACACAAGAGGUAGAUUCAACAGGCAGCUCUUACUAUGGUGAAACGGCUUUACACUUCUUGGCUGUCAAUGGAGACAGUUCUAAUGUUACAGUAGGCAAGAAAGGUCCUGUGUACAGUGUGGAUUGGAAUCCGAAUUCAGCAGAGUUUUGUGUCGUCUAUGGCUUUAUGCCUGCUAAAGCAACACUCUUCAACCUCAGAUGCGAACCGAUCUUUGAUUUUGGAACCGGCCCAAGGAAUUGUGUCUACUUCAACCCUCAAGGAACCAUUAUUGCCCUUGGUGGAUUUGCCAACCUGAGAGGUCAUAUUCAAUUGUGGGAUAGGAAGAAUCUGAAGAUGAUAUCUGAGAGCCAAGCAGCUGAUGCAACGGUCUUCCAAUGGUCUCCAGACGGUCAGCACUAUGCUACGGCUGUCUGUGCUCCUAGACUGAGGGUUGGUAAUGGGUUCAAGGUAUGGCACGUCUCGGGGUCUCUCCUCCAUGAGUUUCUUGCACCAUCAGACAGCGUUCAUAUAUACGAUGUAGCAUGGCAGACGUUACCGGCGGAUCUCUUCAGGAACGUCCCUAUCAGCAAACCAACGGGUAAGAUCAUCCAGUCUUCGGAACCCCAGGCUUCAAAAGAGGCUUACAGACCCCCGGGAGCCAGAGGGAAACCGGCUUCAUUCAAAUUGAAUGAAAUAGAACCGCCACAGGCUGCACCACUGACAGAAGAACAAAAGCUCUCAAAAUCAGCGCUGAAGAACAAGAAGAAGAGAGACGCAAAGAACAAGGGAAAGCCAGCCGUCACAGAUAACAGAUCAGCUGAGCAGCGUGCUGCCCUUGCAACUGCUUCUUAUGUCCUCUCCGAGCCCACCCCCGCUCCGGCAGUAGGUGUUGAUGUAGAAGCAGAGAAGAAGAUUAAAAAUGUCAGGAAGAAACUAAAAGCCAUUGAGAAGCUGAAAGAACAACAAGCGAGUGGGAAGGAGCUUGAGAAGAAUCAGCUAGACAAAUUAAGCACGGAAGACGAGCUAAGAAGAGAACUAGCCAAGUUGGAGAUCCAAUGACAAUAAAAACACUUCCAAGUCAAGGUUCACCUCUGAAGCUUGCCCCAUAUAGAAUACUGUCAGGUUGGAGAUUCAAAGGCAAGAGUGACUAACUGUCGAUGCAUACAUGAUUGCCUGACAUAACAGUCUGUCAGUACCUGUUAGAUGCCUGACAUGCCACCCAGUCAAGAAUUACAUGAUUGACUGACAUAUCAACAAAUUGAUACUUGUAAGAUUGCCCGACAUGCCAUCUAGUCAAGAAUUACAUGAUUGGCUGACAUAUCAACAAAUCAAUACUUGUAAGAUUGCCUGACAUGCCAACGAAUUGCAUGAUUUCCCUAGAUACCAUCCAGUUAGUACUUCCUUGACUGCCUGAUAUACCUCCCAGUCAAUAGUUGUAUAAUUUGCCUGAUAUAUCACCAGUGUAACACUUCCAUCAUAGCCUCAUAUACUCCCAAAUCAAUACCUGUAUGAUUGUUUGAUAUACCACCCCAUCAAUACUUGAAUGAAUACCUGACAUACCACCAAAUCAAUACCUUGAUGGCCUGUGUUAGACCCCUAUUACCAAAGUAAAAGGAUUAGUUAGAUCGAGAUCCAGUGACACCUUCAGCUUAAAGUGUAUAGAUUUGAACAGUGGUAUGCCAUACAUGGUCUUCUCCAUGCAUUACUCAAAGCUGAAGUUACAACCUUGAAAGUUCACGAGAGGCCGCAUUUUCAGUCCUUCCCGAACUCCUGACACUUGAUUAAAAACUAAAUUUUUGCUCUACCUUCUAUUACCUGCGAUGAUCCUUCUAAGCUGUAAACUGAAGAUGAUUUGACUUGUUUAACAUGUACUGCUGGUUCAAGGGUAAUGAUAAAAUUUGAUAAAAAUUGGGAAGACGGAAAGUUCUUGGAAUUCUGAUCUUGAGAACUGAAGUCGCUAACUGGUGUUUCAUAACUUUUGACAGGCAUAUUUGCUGGGAUUUGGACCGUGGCAUUAUUAAUCAACCUGAUGCAUACUCGAGCUGCAGUAUGGGAAAUGAUUUCUAUUUUUUAGGGUACAUAUUUAUUUUUGUUGACCUCAUUGAGGUGAUUGUGUAAUUUUGGGGUCUAUUUCUUUCAUUUUAAAGGCUUAUUUUUAGGGGGAUCAAGCAAUUAUGCGGUUAUAACAUUUAGAAUAUUUUCUAAAUAAUCUUGAAUAUUGUUUGUGAGAGAGUUUAGGGCGGCUCUACAUUAGAAAGAAUGGUCGCCCCAAAGUAUACAUUUUGGGGGUAUUUUAGGGGCGAUUUAGGCUGUCAAGAGGGUGAACUUGCCCAUCGCCCUAUGUAUUUCCUACACUUUCAAGCUGUACGAUUCCUGGGUAAAUCUGUGAAUUACAGAAUCAAUUCAGAAAGUACAUACGUAGCAAUAUGAUGAAACACUAUGUGUGUGAUGGGAGCUUAAACUCAUUAUUAGAAAGGUUUUCUGAUGUUACUUCUAAUUUUGCUUAAUGUACUAGUUAACAAUCAUUCUGUUGAUAUUCUGAACUGUGGUUAUGUAUAGAUUACCAAUAUCAUUUGACUCUUGGGUGUGAGGUGGUGGGGGGGGGGGCAGAACAACUCUAUCCAUGUCCCUUAUAAAUGUAAUAACAUGUUUGAAGUGGAGCUUUGGCCUCCAUUAUGCUGUUACAGUGUGGUGGAUCAUCUCCAAUUAGUCUGUUACCAUUUGGUUUAACUCCCUGAUAGUCUAAUACCACCAUGCUAUUUGGUCUAAUAUGUUUUUUUGGUCACAAAUCAUCAUUUGGAUUAAAACCAUCGGCGUGAAUGUAAUAUGUGACCCCCAAAUACCACCAAAAUCGCACCUGCUGUAAUUUGGAAAAGAGGUGAAAUUUUCAGUGUGGCCAGAAUAAUUAUUUAUUAGUUUUUAUAGAAAAGGGAAGAUUUGUUACCUCUCUAUCAUGUUUUGAAUGCUUGGUAUCUUUUUUUUUCUCUCACAAAAUGUAUUUUUACCCAUAUUGAAGGCCUCUAAACUUUUUUUUUCUUGCAUCUUUUUAGUGUCGGAGCACUUGUUUUCUUAAUAAUACAUUAAGGGAGUAAGUUGAUUUUUUUGACAAAGUAAAUAAAGUAUUAGAGUGCUCUUUUGUUCCUAAUUAAAAAAAACUUUCUCUAAAUUUGGCUUUUGAUCAUAAACCAAUUAAAGUGAGUCAAAUGUGUUUUAAAAGAUGAGAGUCUGUAGUUUGAUAAGAUGUAUACAACAGAAAAUUGAUAUUUUCCAAGUUAUUGUUGGAUUUUAGGGUAGCAGCUGAGAGGUUACAUAUUGUGUAUUGACCAAAUACGACCGCAGCCCGAAAGCUGGAGCCAGGGUGGGUUUGGCAGGUGGAAAUGUACCCACAGAAGUACUAUGAUAAAAACACGGUCUAGGAUUUAAUAACCUUGGGUUAGUCAUGUGCUAUGUGAACACCAACAUCUAAUUUUGAAGAAAAUCCUUUUCUUUUUGUUGAAAGAAUUGUCAUCAAUAGAAUGCAAAUGUGUUACAAAUGUUUUGACAUAUCUUAUGGUUAUCUCUUUGUAUUGCUUUGGAUCCCAGUCCAGAAAAUGCAAGUUAUUUUAAUAAUUCAAGAAAAUAAAUUUGUUUAUUCACUAACCUUGUCAAUUUCGCCAUAGAGAACCAUGUACCUCACAGGUGGGUGAGAUUUAAUCUGAAUUCAAUGGAAUUAAAUUCUAUUUUGUAAAAUAAAGGUAAGCAUACAUACAGUUCAUUGAAUACUAAAAUUAAAUAGGGCCUUUCAUCAAAGAUUCAUUUACAAUUAAAAUCAAUUUGUCGUCAGUUAUUAUUAUUGCAUAAACAAACAUUGAAUAAGAACAAUGAAAUUGCUAAAAAGGGACAGAAAGUAAUUUGUUCUUUAAUAUUGUACUUUUAACGAUAAAUAACUUGUCAAAUAGUAUUUACAGAACUUUAACUGUAUUAUUGAAAUGGACCUAUCCAGUUGCAUUUAUAACAUUUCUUUCUUUUUUUUUGUACCUCACCAUAAUUUUGUGAAACAAUAGUUUCAGGUACAUUCAUGAUAUUUCAAAGCCUGUCACACUUAUUUGGAAUCGUCAAGAAUGAAGCAGAAUCGUUUGUAAAAACAACAACAAAAAUCUGAAAAAAUGGGGGGGGGGGUUCAAAUUCACCCAACUGGGUUUCAAAUAUGAUAAAUUGAUCAUACAACUCAUCACAUACUAGACACACUAGAGGUGAAAUGAGCCACAAUGGAGUCAGAUUGAAAAUGUGUGCUAUGAUCUAGGACAUUCAAGGGGCAUUUAAUAAUUCUGACUGCAUUCUGUGUGUAUUUGAAUUAUUUGGGCCAUUUCUUGUGGCCGUCCCAAAUGUUUUGCUCAUGUUUAAAUUUUUUUUUUAGGUGCAUUCAAAGUAGAAAAAGAAUAUAUAAUCGUGUUUAAAGUGCACCCUUACCACAUCCUGAAUACAUUAAAGUAUUCUUCCAGCAUUCCAGCAGCAUUUGAAACUUGGUUGAACAUAUUAGAAGAGCUGAAUAGCGGGAAAAACUUAACCAGCUGGUCGUCAAACGAGUCAUUUCAUUCCGGCCGAUUCUGCUUGAAUCUGAAUAAGUGUAAUGGGCCUUUAAAGGACAGAUCCUAUUCAGUAUUCUCUCAUUUUUUACCACUGUCGGAAAUAAAAAUUUCAUGUAAGAGCACAUGUCAUUUAUCUAGACAAAAAAUUGAUAAAAAAAUUAAAACCAUUUUUUUUAUAUGAA